CUGCAUCAUAUGUACGAGAAAGACACAAUUGUGAUGAAUCUACUCCAAUUUGCAAUUUUUAUGAAGGAUUUGAUAUGGAAGGCAAGGAGCAAAUUAUCCCUUCUGGUAUUUAUUCCAUUGAUGAUUUAAAAGAAUAUGGUAAAGAACGUAACUGGUGCCCAUAUUUUCUCGCAAGAUUUACAAUCUUGCAUGCACAAAUUGUCGUAUACAGUUAUCAUUAUUUAUUGGAUCCAAAGAUCGCUGAGAGUGUAUCCAAAGAGCUAAGCAAGAGUUCAGUAGUUAUAUUUGAUGAGGCUCAUAACAUUGAUAAUGUCUGCAUCGAUUCUAUGAGUGUAAAGAUAAACAGGAAGAUAAUGGACAAAAGUUCAGCCAACAUACAACUCUUAGAAAAAACUGUGGCCGAAAUGAGAGAAGUCGAUGUAAAUAAGUUAAAGGAAGAAUAUGAAAGAUUGGUCGAAGGAUUAAAAGAUGCUCAAUUCCAGAGAGAAACUGAUGUUAUUUUAGCCAAUCCUAUCUUACCGAAUGAAAUACUUGAAGAAGUUGUUCCAGGUAAUAUAAGAAAUGCUGAGCAUUUCGUUAGCUUCUUGAAACGAUUUGUUGAAUAUUUAAAGACCCGCUUACGCGUUCAACACGUCGUGCAGGAAUCACCUGCGGCAUUUUUAAGAGAUAUCCAAACAAAAGUUGCUAUCGAACGGAAACCAUUGCGAUUUUGCGCACAAAGAUUAGCAUCUCUUUUACGUACUAUGGAGAUAACAGAUCUAACAGAUUUUUCUCCAAUAAUUCUGGUGACGCAUCUUGCAACAUUAAUCUCCACAUAUACACAUGGUUUCACCAUUAUAGUGGAACCAUUCGACGAUAAAACGCCGACGGUGUUGAAUCCGAUUUUACAUUUUAGUUGUCUAGACUCUUCUAUUGCUAUCAAACCUAUAUUCGAUAGAUUCCAAUCCGUAAUAAUUACUUCUGGGACAUUAUCUCCAUUGGAUAUGUAUCCUAAUUUAAAUUUUCAUCCGGUUAUAAUGUCGUCAUUUACGAUGACAUUAGCUAGACCGUGCCUUCUACCUAUGAUUGUCGCCAAAGGUAACGAUCAAGUAGCCAUUUCAUCAAAAUACGAGACACGAGAAGAUGUGGCUGUUAUAAGAAAUUAUGGUCAAUUAUUGGUCGAAUUUGCUGGAACAGUGCCUGAUGGCUUAGUUUGCUUUUUUACAUCGUAUUUAUACAUGGAAUCUGUAGUGGCUGCUUGGUAUGAUCAAGGAGUUGUGUAUCAACUUCAGAGGCAUAAAUUAUUGUUCAUCGAAACACAAGAUUCGGCGGAAACCAGUUUGGCUCUUAUUAAUUAUAUAAAGGCCUGUGAAAAUGGUAGGGGAGCUGUUCUACUCUCGGUGGCUCGUGGAAAAGUAUCUGAAGGUGUUGACUUCGAUCAUCAUUUGGGCAGAGCCGUGCUGAUGUUCGGUAUACCUUACGUGUACACGCAAUCGCGUAUCUUGAAGGCACGUUUGGAAUAUCUCAGAGAUCAGUUUCAGAUCCGAGAAAAUGAUUUUUUAACUUUUGAUGCUAUGAGACACGCCGCACAGUGUGUAGGACGAGCAAUUAGAGGAAAAACAGAUUAUGGUAUCAUGGUAUUCGCGGAUAAGAGAUUUUCGAGAAUAGAUAAGCGAAGCAAAUUACCGAAAUGGAUACAAGAACAUUUGAACGACAGCUUGUGUAAUUUGUCAACCGAAGAAGCUAUACAGAUCAGUAAAAGAUGGUUACGACAAAUGGCACAGCCAUUUACGCGCGAGAACCAGCUUGGAUUGUCGUUAUUAACGAGGGAACAACUUGAGAAAGAAGAGACUGCCAAGAUCGAACAAAAGGCGCAGCAAAAUUGAUAGCGCGAUAUUGGCACUAAACCGAGCAAUCGGUUUUAUGCGCAGAGUAAUCUGUGCCAUUUACAGAAGAUAUAUAUAUAUAUAUAUAUAUAUAUAUA